AACAAAUUGAUUAACUGACGGAAUUUCCACCGAAGUGUUGUACCGUCUUAUUCGUGUCUCCUAUAGGGCUAAAGAAACUAAAAGACAUAUCUAAAACAACAAUAGUGAAACAUUUGUCACUUGUAUGUUAGUAUUUAAUCGAUGCUACUACAUAUUGAACAUUUGUUUUUGUAUAGAUAAGCCUGGUGUAUCUCGCAUCGUUUCGUUAAACUGUGACAUCACUGUCCAUUAUUCGAUUAUUCUCAAUAUUACAUUGUUUUAACGUGGACUUGGAUAUUCUAUUUUGCUUAUUAUUUUUUAAAUCUAAAAUUUAUUCGUCGUCACUGUAGUCAAAGAAUCUACAGACGUGUUUCUGCAGGUAAGUAUUCGAAGUUUAGAACCAUGAACAAAGACGAUGAAUUGUUUGAAUUCGACGCUCCCAAGACGUUCGUCAAUUUGUACGAGAUAGCAAAUGCUAAAGAUGACGGUGCUGACAGAUUUUUUGACAUUGUUGAAAAACUGGAAAGUGCUAAAUCUGAACCAAAUUUGGGAAUUGUAAAAAAAUCAACUGUGAAUGACAGUGAUGUUUUAGAAGAAAAUAAGGAAAAUUUUUCACCCGAUGAUCAGUUUGAUGAUCAAAAUAUCAAUUCAUUGGCUCAUCAGUUGAUUCGUUCUGCAAAAAAGUCAAGGACAUCAAAAUUACAUAAUAGACAUUCAAUUACUGUGGAAGGAAUAGAAGUAGAAUUACCACGGAUCAAACAUCAUGCCAUGAUUACCAGACUAGAUGAAUUAGAAAACACACCUAAAUUAGAUUUGCGUACUCGUUCUGUUGUUAAAUCCGAGUACAAAUAUGAACACAUUAAAUCAGGUUCGCAAGAAAAUCUUAUAUUAGAUAAAAGUUCAAAAAAAUUCAUGAGUAUUGCUGAAAAAGUCAGGAAUUUCUUCAACAACACACCGCCUAGGUUUCAUUCUAAACCCACUGUCUCAGCUGGUUCAAAGGUUUUCAAAUCUAGAAGUCUUUUCCCUGGUGCUUUUGAGCCAAGUAUUAGCUCAAAUAAUACUAAUAAUAUUAUUGAAAAUAAAUCAACAAAAAGCAGUAAUGAAAACAAACAGAUUUAUAAUAACCUAAAUAUAAAUAUUCCUACAAGCAGUGUCAAAGUGCUUAACAAACCUCAAAAAAUAAAAGUUCUCAACUCUCAAGGUGGAGUUCAAGUGGUCGAAAAUAAAGAACUUGGGCAUGGUGGUAUCAAAGUUUUAGAAAAACAAUUGCAUACUGUUCCAAAACCUUUUAGUUUUGAAUCUCGUAAAUUGUGUACAACCAAACCUCAAAGUGUGAAAAGUACAGAUCAACAGUGGUCAUUUAAAGCUCGACCAGCUACAGUUUUAAAAAAAAAACCAUUUGUUCCUAAACAUGAAAAAAAAUAUACUGAACCAAAAAAUAUACGUUUGAAUACUGAAAGACGUGCUCAAGAAUGGAUGGUUUUUGAACUUGAAAUGAAAGAAAAAUUUUCACAAUAUGAAGAAAAUACAAAAAUGAGACAAGAAGAAAUGAAAAAGAAAGAAAUGGAUUUGAUCAAAAAUAUGCGACAACAAACUAUUCAUAAACCAGAACCAAUUAAAAAAUAUAAACCAGUUUUAAUAAGAAAAUCUGUAAGACCAAUUACUGUACCACACAGCCCAAGGUUUUCAAUUCGUCCAAAUAGGAAUUGUUUAAACUCUGUAUCUGAACAACUUUAAAUCUUGAAGAAUAAUCAUCUGAAUACCAACAUAUAUUUUUAUAAUACACAUUUUUUUCAUUAUAAAUAUGUUUUUAAAUUCUUAAACCUUUUUAUUUAAUAGUGAAAAAUAGUAAGACAAAUGUAUUAUAAAUAUUAAAUGUUUUGAAUAUAUUGACCCAAAAAUAGCUAAACGAAUAUGAGGGAAAACAUUUUGUUUUAAAUAAUAUUUUAAUAUUGAAGGAAUAAGGAGUAUUGUU